UGAUGUUUUGCACCUCAAGACUUCAUUCUGUAAGAUGUAUCGACGGGAUUGCCUACCUGUAACUCAGCUUUGUAAGCAGCCUCCCGAGGUUAGCCACGGUGGUAUUACAUGCCUUGUGCUUUGCCAGCCCUGCAAGCCUGCCAAAGUCUGUUAAAGCCUUCAGAGCACAAAGCACUGAUAAGAUGGAUCCCUAACAGGUAUGCAUCAGGGAUAAUGCAAAGAUGUUCCGUGUACAACAACCUGAAAUUAGUUUCUGCUAGCUCAAGGCAGAAGUAACCGCCUCCCACGUUGUUACUUCCGCUGAAAUGGAGGGGCUGAUGUAUGUAGGGAAGUGAUGAUGCUGAGUGUGUGCAUUAUAUACGUAUAUACAGUCUCUGAAUGUGUAUGUAUAUGUGUAUAUGCUAGCAUGUUCAAGUGUAAAAGUCUUUUUUUUUUUUUUUUUUUUUUGUAAAUUCCGUGAGAUUCAGGCAUAUGGCUUGCUUUGAACUGUUAUUAAAAUAUGGGCAUUUUGGUGAUAAAGCUGAAAAUGUGUACCUUAAGACCUACAUUCCUAAUGUAGGUCAGUGGAGGCAUUUCUCAGACGUAUUAGCAUUUUGGACACUUCGUCUUAGCAGCAUAUUGCAUCUCGUGGAAUAGGUUAGCAGAGGCAAUGCGGGAGAAAUUGCUGCAUCUGAAGUCAUUCAGAGAUGUUGCCAAGUUUCUCAGGAACCAGAAUUGCAGGAUAAUGAGUAUUAUAUUUAAUUUGUGAUGGAAAGGCAACCGUGGAGAGUUCAGCAGAGGCAACGCAGAUCAUCUUGGCUCUGUGGGGGAGGGAGAAUUUAUAACUGUAGCUAGCUAAAAAGAGGAAAGCUGUCUGUAUAUUUGUGGGUAUAUAUAUUUAUAUAUAUGUAUAUACAAAUCUGUGUAUGUGUAGAUAACACCGUGUGUAUAUAUGUAUGUAUGUAUAUGCCCAUGAUGUAUAUGUGUAUCUAUAUAUAUGUAUACAUUUAUAAAAAUUUCUAUUUCUCUAUAUGAAUAGUCAUGCAACUGUGGAAAAUAGCAUUAUCACCAGUGUGUCCUUUGCUUUAAAACCCAACGAGAAGCUACUUCCAUUAAUCCUAUGUUGGCAUAGAGCUCUUUGGUUAUCAUUUACAUGCAGAGAGGAGCACAGCUCCGUAGCUGAGCACCAGCCUGGAAGGCUUUCCCUCCUCCAGAGGACUCCAAGCAAGUCAUUAGCUUCUCCACAGCUGUUCCACAUAUGUGAAAUAAAGCCAAGGUGAAUCAGGGGCUGGGUUUAAAGGCAAAGGCAGAAGAAGCAGUGGGCUAUUUGUGCUUGGAAGUCUCUGUGAUGCUGGCAGAGGUCUGAUGGUGAAGCAUUCUCAGCUGUGGUUACUCUGAUUGCUGUUGGUGGUCCCAGCUAACAGCAGCAGUUUCUGCACGGGGCAGGGAAGGAGGAAAUUCUUCUUUUUUUCCUCUCAAUGUCAUUAUGUGAAAGAAAGUGACCUAUAAUUACUGUGGAAGGCAGCAACACAGCAGCUGGGGACACGUGCUAGAGGAUUGCACUAGUGAAAAAGGAAGUUUUUUUUGUCCUUUUUGGAAACCUGUAACAAGUUGUACAACUUAACUGUGGCAUGCCUUCAUGCUCAGGUCUGCAGCUGCAGUAACAAUCUCCUAGGGAGCUCAGAACUUGGGGCUGCCAGUAGAGGACCAGAGGGUGGUGGUGCAGUAAGCAAACUGUACAGUGAACACAUCAGUUGUUCCAUGCCUUCACUGAUGUCUUAGCAAAGUGCUGAAGAAGUGAUUAAGAUGUGCAGUGAACUUUUCCAGGUUGAAUUCAAGCUCAUAAUGCUUACUUUGUUUGGUAGUUUUGAGAGAAGAUGAGAGGCUUUAUCCAGAUUUCUAUGUCCCCAUCUGAUAAAGACAAUAAGAACCUGCUGAGUGAUACAGAACCAAAAUAUUAUUAAUUAACCAGCUAUUACUUGGCUACGAUAACCACAGUAACUAAUUUUAGCUCAGAAAGUUUCUGCAACCUGCCUGUAAUUAUGUAUGUGCCUGCCAUUGGUAGAUUGGUUGGCAAACAAUGCAAUGAACUGAUAACAGCAGAGAAUAAAACAUUGGUUUUGAGACUGAGCUUUACAACCAGGAUCAGCAGAUGAAGGAAGCAGAGGGGCUUUAAGAUGGGCAAGAGGAAAUUCAGUGGCCUGGAAAUCACUCUCAUUGCCCUCUUCUGCCUGGUGGUGGUGGUGGCCAUUGUGCUCAUCGUGCUUUUAGCAACAGGAGUACCUGCAGUCAGAACUACAGAAUUUACACCAGAAUGUCCGAACAUAUUAACAGUGGAGAGAAUUGACUGCAUCCCGGAUCAAACAGCAACAAAGAGCAUCUGUGAAUUGCGUGGCUGCUGCUGGAGUCCCCAGAGUGAUACCAGUGUACCCUGGUGCUUUUUCUCUGAAAACCAUGGAUACAAAGUAGAUGGGUCAACAAGAUCAACUCAAACAGGAUUUGAGGCCACGUUAACAAGGCUGUCAUCACCUUCUCUUUUUGGAAAAGAUAUCAACACUGUCCUCCUCACAGGAGAGUAUCAGACAGCAAAUCGCUUCCGGUUCAAGAUUACUGAUCCUUCAACACAAAGAUUUGAAGUCCCCCAUGAGCAUGUGGGCUCUUUCAGUGGACCUGCAGCCUCCAAUUUAAACUACAGAGUGGAAGUGAGAUCAAAUCCGUUUGGUAUUGUGGUGACCAGAGUAAGCAAUGGGAAUGUGCUUUUUGAUACUACCAUAGGACCACUGCAGUAUGCUGACCAGUUUUUACAGCUAUCAAUCAAACUACCUAGCAGCAACAUUUACGGUGUGGGAGAACAUGUGCAUAAGCAGUACCGACACGACCUCAACUGGAAAACCUGGCCUCUAUUCAGCAGGGAUGUUGGUCCCUCUGAAGAAAUGCACAACCUAUAUGGAGUUCAGACUUUCUUCAUGUGUUUGGAAGACAGCAGUGGAGCCUCUUUUGGUGUUUUCCUGAUGAAUAGCAAUGCCAUGGAGUUCGCAGUGCAGCCUGCUCCAGCAGUGACCUACAGAACCAUUGGCGGCAUCCUUGAUUUCUAUAUCCUCUUGGGGAACACCCCAGAGCAAGUCGUGCAAGAGUAUUUGCAGUUUGUGGGACUCCCAAUGCUGCCUUCCUACUGGAGUCUGGGCUUUCAGCUCAGCCGCUGGAAUUACGGCUCUCUGGAUGAGGUGAAGGCUGUUGUGGACAGGAACCGUCUGAUUGGACUCCCUUAUGAAGCUCAGGUUACUGACAUUGAUUACAUGGAAGAAAAGAAAGAUUUUACAUAUGACAAAGUGCUCUUUAGCGAUCUUCCUAAUUUUGCAACUUAUAUGCAUAACAAUGGACAAAAAUAUAUUAUCAUAUUGGAUCCUGGUAUUAGCACACAAAAUCUACUUGAUAAUAGUCAAUAUGGCAGCUACGUGAGGGGGGAGAACAGGAAAGUCUGGGUCAAUGAAUCAGAUGGAGUAACAACAUUAGUUGGAGAGGUAUGGCCGGGGGAAGCCGUGUUCCCAGACUUUACCAAUCCAGAGUGCAUCAGUUGGUGGGUGGAAGAAUGCAGGCUGUUUUAUAACACAGUGCCAUACGACGGGAUCUGGAUUGAUAUGAAUGAAGUAUCCAACUUUGUUCAAGGUUCAAAUAAAGGCUGUGAGCAGAAUGACUUAAACUAUCCUCCAUUCACUCCCAAUAUUCUCGAUCAACUGAUGUUUUCUAAGACACUUUGUAUGGAUGCAGUGCAGAACUGGGGCAAGCACUACGAUGUCCACAGUCUUUAUGGAUAUUCCAUGGCCAUAGCAACAAGACAAGCCAUCGAAACAGUGUUUCCAGGAAAACGAAGCUUCCUUCUUUCAAGGUCUACUUUUGUUGGAUCAGGAAAGCACACAGGACACUGGCUGGGAGAUAAUCAAGCAACGUGGGAACAGCUAGGAUGGUCAAUACCUGGAAUGCUGGAAUUCAGCCUCUUUGGAUUUCCUUAUAUUGGAGCAGAUAUCUGUGGCUUCGUUUUUGACACGACAGAAGAACUUUGCAGACGAUGGAUGCAAGUAGGAGCAUUUUAUCCGUUUUCCCGGAAUCACAAUGCUGAGGGAUACAUACCUCAGGAUCCGGCUGUGUUUGGAGCUGAUUCAGUUUUGGUGCAGACCUCCAAGCACUACCUGACCAUUCGCUACACUUUGCUGCCCUACUUAUACACGCUCUUUUAUAGAGCUCAUACUCGAGGGGACACAGUUGUACGUCCAGUUUUACAUGAGUUCUACUCUGAUGAAGGGACAUGGGCAGUUGAUAGGCAGUUCCUGUGGGGUCCUGGGCUACUUAUUUCUGCUGUACUUGAUCAGGGUGCAGAUGUAAUUGAUGCAUAUAUUCCUGAUGCAGUAUGGUAUGAGUAUGAAACGGGGGCAAGAAUCUCAGAAAGAAAACAAUGGACUAGGAUGUACCUGCCAGCUGACAAACUGGGGCUCCACUUGAGAGGAGGUUAUAUUUACCCUAUUCAACAACCAGCUACUACAACAGUUCAAAGCCGCCAGAAUCCACUGGGACUUAUAAUUGCCCUGGAUGAGAACAAUGAAGCUUCUGGGGAGUUAUUCUGGGAUGAUGGAGAAUCUACAGGAACAAUUGAGAGUAACAACUACAUUUACUAUGAGUUUACAGUUUCCAAUAACCGUCUACAAAUGAAUGUCGUAAGCGGCAGUUAUGUUGAUCCAAACAACUUAAAGUUUGAAGAAAUCAAAAUCCUGGGAGCCCUCCAGGAAAUAACGGAGGUUUUUGUCUCCUCGAGCAGUGGAGAGCAAAUUUCUUCACAUAAUGCCACCUACUAUCCUACAGAGAAGGUUGCUCAUUUAACAGGGCUUCAGCUUGAACUGGGAACAUCUUACACGAUAGAAUGGAUUCAACAACAGAGUAUCAAUGAAAGGUUUGAUUGUCAUCCCGGCAUGGAUCCAACACGAGAAAAAUGUGAACAACUUGGCUGUGUCUGGGAUGAGGCACCAUCAGAGCCGAAUAGUCCAUCCUGCUAUUUCAUCACCGACAAUGCUUAUUCAAUUGAAGAAGUGGAAUACUCCUCAUCGGGUUUGGCAGCCAACCUGAUCUUAAACAGUACCAAUGUCAUAGUAACUCAUAAUUACACUGCACCAAUUGCUACGUUACGCUUGGAAGUUAAAUAUCACACCAACAGCAUGCUGCAAUUUAAGAUUUAUGACUACCAGAAUGCACGAUACGAGGUUCCUAUACAAUUAAAUCUCCCAGCCUCCCCAACAAGUACAGCUGAGGAGCGACUCUAUGACGUUUCAGUUCAUAAAAAACCAUUUGGCAUACAAGUUAGACGCAAAAGCACAGGGACAGUUGUCUGGGAUUCACAGCUGCCUACCUUCACAUUCAGCGACAUGUUCAUUCAGAUUUCUACCCGUUUGCCAUCCCAGUAUGUAUAUGGGUUUGGAGAAAAUGAGCACACCCCGUAUCGGCGUAACAUGAACUGGAAAACCUUUGGAAUGUUCACAAGGGAUGAGUCUCCUGCUGACCAUUUGAAUUCCUAUGGUUAUCAGCCCUUUUACAUGGCUCUCGAAGAAGACAGCAAUGCCCAUGGAGUUCUCUUGCUUAAUAGCAAUGCAAUGGAUGUGACUCUUCAGCCAACCCCUGCCCUGACAUACCGCACCAUUGGAGGAAUUCUUGACUUCUACAUGGUUUUGGGCCCAACGCCAGAACUUGUUGUUCAGGAGUACACUGAACUAAUUGGACGACCAGUGAUGCCACCCUACUGGUCCUUGGGAUUCCAAUUGUGCCGCUAUGGAUACAGUAAUGAUUCAGAAGUUGCCCAGUUGGUGGAGGAGAUGAAGGCAACUCAAAUUCCCUAUGAUGUCCAAUAUGUAGAUAUUGACCAUAUGGAACGACAACUGGAUUUCACUCUUAGCGAAAAAUUUAGUGGGUUACCAGAUCUAAUUAUCAAAAUAAAAGAAGAAGGAAUGAGAUUUAUCAUUAUACUGGAUCCAACCAUCUCUGGAAAUGAAACUGAUUAUCCUCCCUUCUCAAGAGGCAAGGAAAAUGAUGUCUUCAUGAAGUGGCCAAACAGCAGUGACAUUAUAUAUUCCAGGGUGUGGCCCUUUCUUCCCAACGUUGAAGUCGAUGAGUCACUGCCUGAGCAAACCCAAAUAGAGCUCUAUGGAGCACAUGUAGCUUUCCCAGACUUCCUCCGCAAUUCCACAGUAGAGUGGUGGAAGAGAGAAAUCGUGGAGUUCUACGACAAUCCCACCGAUCCCUCAAAAAGUAUCAAGUUCGAUGGCCUGUGGAUUGACAUGAAUGAACCGGCAACUUUCAUGGACGCUGCAUUUGGUGGCUGUAGAGACGAGAUCUUAAAUAACCCACCUUAUAUGCCUCAUUUGGGAUCCCGGUCAAAAGGCAUAACUUAUGAAAGUCCAUGCAUGGAAGGACAGCAGUACCUGUCAGACGGUACCCCAGUUAGACACUAUGAUGUCCACUGUCUUUAUGGAUGGGCUCAAACAAGACCUACCCUUGAAGCAUUGCAGAGUGUCACAAGGGAACGUGGGAUUGUCAUCACCCGUUCAACUUAUCCCAGCAGUGGAAGAUGGGCAGGACAUUGGCUGGGUGAUAACAGUGCUGCUUGGGAUCAAUUGUCAAAGUCUAUUAUUGGUAUGAUGGAGUUCAGUCUCUUUGGAAUAUCAUAUACAGGAGCUGAUAUCUGUGGCUUCUUUAAUGACUCAGAGUAUGAACUGUGUCUUCGUUGGAUGCAGCUGGGUGCAUUCUACCCAUAUUCAAGGAACCACAAUCAGAAAGGAACGAGGAGGCAAGAUCCUGCUUCUUGGAACUCAACAUUUGUGGACAUUUCCCGGCAUGUGAUGAAUAUCAGAUACACUCUGUUACCCUACUUGUAUACCUUACUGCAUGAGGCCCAUGUCCAUGGCAGUACUGUGGUCCGCCCUGUGCUCCAUGAGUUUGCAGAAGAAAAAGCAACCUGGGACAUAUUUGAGCAAUUCCUCUGGGGACCUGCACUGCUCAUCAGCCCUGUAAUGUCUCCGGGUGCCGUAACGGUGGAUGCUUACUUACCCAAUGCCCGCUGGUAUGAUUACCACACAGAUGAAGAUAUUAAUGUUAGGGGAGAAUACACAGUUUUAUCAGCUCCUUUGGAACAUAUCAAUCUUCACAUUCGAGGCGGUUACAUUCUGGCUUGGCAACAACCUGCUAAUACAACCUUUUUCAGCCGGCAAAACCCGAUGGGACUUACUGCUGCUUUGAAUGACAGUCUGCUUGCAGAAGGACAGCUGUACUGGGAUGAUGGGGUUCGCAUUGAUGCAUAUGAAAAUGGUGCAUACCUGCUCACAUCAUUUAGUGCUCGGCAGAAUCGUUUAGAGAUCAAGGUUGAGCAUCAUGGUUACAGUGAUCCAAACAACCUGAUGUUUACUGAAAUUAAAGUCCUGGGUGUGCCCACCAGCGUUCAGCAGGCAAAUGUAACACAGAAUGGUGCGAUAAUUCCAUCAACUCACGUGCUGUCAUAUGACAGCACCAAGCAGGUUGUGACUAUCACCCAGCUUCAACUUCAUUUAGGACAAAGCUACAUAGUGCAAUGGAGUUAAAAAGCCUGCAUGAUAGCAUCAGCCACGUUGCUGAAUUUUGUCAUUGUUUUACUGGCUUUCAGUUUUUAUCCUGCCACUUUGGCAUCUUAAAAUGCAUUGUACUUUAAAAACAUAUUCAGUUCUUAUCAACGUAUUAUGUGUCUAAGAGAGACAGGGUUGAGUAUUGUUGAAAGCUAAGUAUAAGCUCUCCAUAUAAUUAAAAUUUUAUGUUUUAAACAGUAUUGCACAUCAAUGUGUCAUCUUUCAAAACGGAAAUCUGAACAUAAAAUUCUGCGUUUUCUUUAAGAAGAAUUUCUGGCUGACUUCAUGCUUUCUCAUUUUCACAAACAGGUUGUUCAGCAUUCUGCAUGCAGCCGGGGCGUAACUCUGCCCACACUUGACUUCUGUCCUCUUGGUUUUAACUCUCCCCAUGUAAGCACAACUACUAAGAUGUAGUUAAGGGCAGGCAAAGUAAACGCUUUCAGAUUUUUGGAUUUAGCUUGAAACAGUGUUGCCAGUGGCUGACGUAUAAGACACUGACGACCUGUGACAGUCAUUCAAAUACUUUAUAUGACUUCAGACAGACAUUUGUUUUCCCCAGUGCUGAAGUUGCAAAAUUAAACUUGAAGUUUCAAGGUUAACUAACAGACGUCAGACUCCGAGUUUUAUUUCACUGAAGUUAAUGCUGUAUGUUUACUAUAAUAGCGACUCGUGUUAACAGCUUUCUGUAUCCCAAGAGUGCACCAUAUGAUCUAAACAGAUUGGUAAAGCAUGUUUACAAUUAAAUUUGAUGGGAAUAAACUGCUGUCAGAGGUAGUAGUAAUCUCUAGUGACUGUGCUUAAAAAUCAUCUAAAAGCUGCUCUCGCUAUGAAAUUCUGUAGUAAUAGAGCCAAGUAGCCAACAUCUUAUAAGAGGAUUCAUGUACUUGCAGGCCUGAAUUUAAUGGAACUUCCCUGUGAAGUAACCAAAUUAGAAAUGCAGAAUAAAAGAAAAACCCUAUAAGACCAAAUCCACCAUUUUUAAUGAAUAUUUUUGUUGAGAAGAACAAACUCCACUCUCUCUUGAGCUAGUGAUGACCAGCUGCGUAAGUAAGCAAAGACAUCUCCCAUUGCUGCAGAGAGGAGACAUGCAGACUACCCAGCCUUUGACCCAUUCCCUGUACUGUAAUGUGCUAUCAUUUUGCACCUGCCCAACUGAUGUGGAAAAUGCCAGGCACAGAUAAAGGUUUCCAAGAUCUUAUUUGUAUCUAUUUUUUCUUCUUUUUCUAUUACUACAUUUAUUCGGGGAAGUUCAUCAUUCUGUUUUCUUGGCUUUGUGAGGGCUUGUCAGAGCAAAGCUGAAUGUUAGCUGAACUCCGUGUGUCUGGCCUACAGGGAAAGACUUUUACUGAAUCCCCAAGACAAUAAUUCAUCAGGAACUCAUUCAGAUUGAGAAACUGGAGCUUGAAGUGUGCGUUGAGUGCUCUCUGUUGUGUCACUUCCAAAGGACCCAGGCAAUGAGCUUCACUACCUGAGGUUCGUACAUGCAUAGGGCUCAGAGGAGGGCAUAGCCCACAGCUCAGUUCAAGAAUGGAGCCAGAUCAUGUGUUUAUCAGCUCUACAUCAUACACAUUAUACAUGCAUAUACAUAUACAUUAUAUCUACAUUAUACAUGCAUUAUACACAUAAAGGGCACUAAACCUCACAAGACUAUAAGCUCAUUAUGCUUUCUCCAGUUGGUUUCCUUCUACCACCUGUUUUCAUCCUAAGGGUCACAAACAGGAUGCAUGUUCUGGAUUUCCAAGUAAAAGUCAUUUUGUUUCUACAGAUUUAUCGACUCUCCCUUUUUAAUUCCUAUUUAACUGAGAAUACAGAGCAUCUUCUGGCAAGGAGUUUAGCAAUGCUCCUUCUCACAAAGCAGUUUCAGGCCCACUUUCUCGUGUUCAGAGGAACUGACACUUUUGUUUCAUUUGGCAUCACUCUCACAAUGAAACUAAGCCUAUUUAACACUGCUUGUACUUGGCUGUCACUUUAAGAAAACAGUCUGCCUUGCUUUCAUUGCAUUUGGUUUUUCAUUAGUUAAAGAGGAAUUAGUGACAGAAGACUGUCAAGGCAUAAUGAGUUGAACAGUAGUCGGCUGAAUCUAUUCUUUCUGUGUCUUAG